UUUACAGUACUCUGUGCAAAAAACUUGGUGAAAAAGGAUUUUUUCCGGCUUCCUGAUCCAUUUGCUAAGGUGGUGGUUGAUGGAUCUGGGCAAUGCCAUUCUACAGAUACUGUGAAGAAUACACUUGAUCCAAAGUGGAAUCAGCAUUACGACCUGUAUAUUGGAAAGUCUGAUUCAGUUACGAUCAGUGUAUGGAAUCACAAGAAGAUCCAUAAAAAACAAGGUGCUGGAUUUCUUGGUUGUGUUCGUCUUCUUUCCAAUGCCAUUAACCGCCUCAAAGACACUGGCUAUCAGAGGUUGGAUCUAUGCAAACUUGGGCCAAAUGACAACGAUACAAUUAGAGGACAGAUAGUAGUAAGUCUUCAGUCCAGAGACCGAAUAGGCACAGGAGGACAAGUUGUGGACUGCAGUCGUUUGUUUGAUAAUGAUUUACCAGACGGCUGGGAAGAAAGGCGAACCGCCUCUGGAAGAAUCCAGUAUCUAAACCAUAUAACAAGAACUACACAAUGGGAACGGCCAACACGACCGGCGUCCGAAUAUUCUAGUCCUGGCAGACCUCUUAGCUGCUUUGUUGAUGAAAACACUCCAAUUAGUGGAACAAAUGGUGCAACAUGUGGACAGUCUUCAGAUCCCAGACUGGCAGAGAGGAGAGUCAGGUCACAACGACAUAGAAAUUACAUGAGCAGGACACAUUUACAUACUCCUCCAGACCUACCAGAAGGCUAUGAGCAGAGGACAACGCAACAAGGCCAGGUGUAUUUCUUACAUACUCAGACUGGUGUGAGCACUUGGCAUGAUCCAAGAGUACCUAGGGAUCUUAGCAACAUCAAUUGUGAAGAGCUUGGUCCAUUGCCUCCUGGAUGGGAGAUUCGUAAUACGGCAACAGGCAGAGUUUAUUUCGUUGACCAUAACAACAGAACAACACAAUUUACAGAUCCUCGGCUAUCUGCUAACUUGCAUUUAGUUUUAAAUCGCCAGAACCAAUUGAAAGACCAACAGCAACAGCAAAUGGUGUCAUUAUGCCCUGAUGACACAGAGUGUCUGACAGUCCCAAGGUACAAGCGAGACCUGGUUCAGAAACUAAAAAUUUUGCGGCAAGAACUUUCCCAACAGCAGCCUCAGGCUGGCCACUGCCGCAUUGAGGUUUCCAGAGAAGAGAUUUUUGAGGAAUCAUAUCGACAGGUCAUGAAAAUGAGACCAAAAGAUCUCUGGAAGCGAUUAAUGAUAAAAUUUCGUGGAGAAGAAGGCCUUGAUUAUGGAGGGGUUGCAAGGGAAUGGUUGUAUCUUUUGUCACAUGAAAUGUUGAAUCCAUACUAUGGCCUCUUCCAGUAUUCAAGAGAUGAUAUCUAUACAUUGCAGAUCAAUCCUGAUUCUGCAGUUAAUCCGGAACAUUUAUCAUAUUUCCACUUUGUUGGACGAAUAAUGGGAAUGGCAGUGUUUCAUGGACAUUAUAUUGAUGGUGGAUUCACGCUGCCUUUUUAUAAACAGUUGCUCGGAAAAUCAAUUACUUUGGAUGAUAUGGAGUUAGUUGAUCCUGACCUUCAUAACAGUUUAGUGUGGAUACUUGAGAACGAUAUUACAGGUGUUUUGGACCAUACCUUCUGUGUUGAACAUAAUGCAUAUGGUGAAAUUAUUCAGCAUGAACUUAAACCAAAUGGCAAAAGUAUCCCUGUUACUGAAGAAAAUAAAAAAGAAUAUGUCAGACUCUAUGUGAACUGGAGAUUUUUACGAGGUAUUGAGGCUCAAUUCCUGGCUCUGCAGAAAGGAUUUAAUGAAGUAAUUCCACAGCAUCUGCUGAAGACAUUUGAUGAAAAGGAGUUAGAGCUCAUUAUUUGUGGACUUGGCAAGAUAGAUGUUAGUGACUGGAAGGUAAAUACCCGGUUAAAACACUGUACACCAGACAGCAAUGUUGUCAAGUGGUUCUGGAAAGCUGUGGAGUUUUUUGAUGAAGAGCGCCGUGCACGAUUACUUCAGUUUGUGACGGGAUCUUCUAGAGUGCCUCUGCAGGGCUUCAAAGCAUUACAAGGUGCUGCGGGCCCUCGACUCUUCACCAUACACCAGAUCGAUGCCUGCACUGACAACCUGCCAAAAGCCCACACUUGCUUCAAUCGAAUAGACAUUCCGCCCUAUGAAAGCUAUGAAAAGCUAUAUGAAAAGCUGCUAACAGCCAUCGAAGAAACAUGUGGGUUUGCUGUGGAAUGACUUCAAGGAUUUACCCAGGACUCUAUUUAUACCCCUGACCGACAGCCUCCUUUCAGCAGUUUCAGAGAAUGCUGAAAUACAGGAAACCCCGCCCCCUUAAAAAAAAAAAUUUUAGGACACUGUGAGGGGAAAGGACAAUUUCAAAAUUCCUUUUCAAGGAAAAAAGGUCUUUAUGCUUUGCCAUGAGGCCACAUUCAGCUGCUAUUUAAAAUUAAUAUCUUGAACCUAAAGAAUGCUGACUUUUCCUACAUUUCCAGAGUUAGGCAGUAUUCUACACUUAAAGACUACUACUAUUUUUAUAAACGGUAAUCUAUUCAAAUUGCUUCACAGAUUUCAAGUCUCUCAAACAUCAAGCAACUUCAGCAGUCGGUACAAGUCACAUUUCAUUUUGAUUGAAUACAUGAUUUUGAACAGCUCCUGUACUUGCUCUUUGUAAAAAAAAUAAAAUAAAAUUAUUUUGAAUUAUUCAAGCUUUGUAAA